CCGUUCUGCCUCGCUCCUCGGCGGUGGUGGCGGGUCCCCAGAAGCCGUCCGACUGGGCCACCUCUCCGCGGGGCCCUCGGGCAAGGUCCAGGGUGGGUAUGAGAGCGGAGGGCUGCGGACGUGGCUCGCGUGGCACUGGGUUGUGGCCGCUAGGACGAGUGGCCUUGGUGGGGUGCGCUGCGGCCGCGCUGCCCCGGCAGCCGCCGUGGGAACCAGCCCGGCACAUUCCUCCCGAGCUGGACGCAGUGAAACCAGAGAGGCGGGCGGCUGGCGGAGCGUGUCGCAACGGAGCGCCUUCCCGACAGGCUCCAGACUGUGGCUUUGGGAUGCACGCAUCAGCCUUGGAAACAUCGCGGUGGGGACAGCAGUUACAGCUGGGGACCGGGGGCAGCUGGGCUCCCUCACCCGUGCACGUGGGGUGAGCUGGGGCUGGCGGUGCUCCAGAAGGACACACAGAGGUAGAGCCAGUGUCUCUGUCACCGGUGCCACAUCCCUCUGUCCUCAAAGCAGUUCCCAGCUGGCCCGGAGGAGCUGCAUGAGCACUGGUCCCCCGGUCUCUGCUCCCGGCUCUGAGUGGGUCCGAUCUUGCCACGUGCUGAGAUGAUGCCUGGUUUCCAGCCUGGACAGGCCUCGCUGUCGUGUCCCAGGUCACAGGGAGCCACUGCUCAUGGUCGCAUCCUGGGGUCCCCGCUCAGGUGCUCACAGGUCCUUUAAGAUGAAGGAUUCCCUGCUGGAGAGGGACUGGAGCUGCUGCACCAAGGGCUGUGGCUCUCAUUCCCAGUGCUCAUCUGCCUGGUGCUGACCCCUGCCCAGAGCAGGGACCCACACCACAGCCUGCCCCACAUCCAGCGCCCUGCUCCUCUUGCAGCUGCCGGGAGACUCCGUUUCCCAUCGGGAAUGUUGCUGAUGGGUGGGAUGGCAGAGCUGGGGGUACCCUGAUUCCCCGGCGGGAGCAUCCCUUGCAUCCAGAGGCGUGGACGAGCAGGCACGACCCAGGUCCUGUCUCCCUGGGAACGAGCUGGCCUGGUCCUGCCAGCGCUGGGCUUCGCCGAGAGCUUGUCCUGCGUGGGGUUCGUUCCUUUGGGACAGCGUUUGUGCCUGAGAUGCUCAGCCAUAGUGACACAGUGACUGUGCCGCGGGUGGCAUUCUGGGUGUCACCUUUAGAGGGCUUGGGAACGCUUCUGUCAGUCUGGCAGUAGGGACGGCACCUCUCCGGGAUGUUCCCUUCCUUUCCCUGCAGGAGCAGGUUGGGAAAACACCUCCCGUGGGAAUGUGGUACCCGUAGAACGAUGCUCAGGGGCAGCCGGUGGCUUUCCUAGGUCAGGCUCUGCCCGCUGCCCCCGUGUCCCCCCCGCCGCAUCCCUCGGGCUGUCACCGCGCGGGGACGGUGCAAUGCAGAGUGACAGGCGGGGACGAGGGGGCGUGUGUGGGGCUGCGGAGCCGCAGACAGCCCGGGUGUGAGGUCGGCUUGCACUCAGCCGCGUGUGUAAUCUGCUUACGGGGGCACCGGCACAGCCCAGGGCUCUUGCUGCCGUAAAUCCCUGCUCCUGCCGGGAGUGCGGGCCGGGACGCUUGGAAAGCGGCCGAGCGAGCCUGGUUCGCGCCUGAGCUGCUCUGAUGCAUCUCGACACGCAUCAAGGUGAAUCACCAUUCCUGGUGACCCCGAAGUGACAGCUGGGGAACCCUGAUUGCCACCGACGGCUUCUCCUGGGGCACUGUUAACCCUUCACUUCCCAGGGAUGAGCCGGGAAAGCCGAGGCAGGAAUGCUGGGAGCUUCUGCCUGGGAUGUCUGUGGUGGGCAGCGUCCCUACUUCUCCCAGUCGAGGGCUGGGUCCUUCCCAGCCAGGCCCAGUUCGAGCAAAAGCUUGGAGUCACCUGGGAAAGCUUUAAUUGUCAGGUGCAAAAGUGUGGGAAAAUUGGAUUUCUGACCUCAAAGAGGCUGUGGGGUCUUGCUGGGGAAUGCUCCAGGUGGGCAGCAGGAGUGGACAUGGUGUGCAUUGGGAUGGAGGGGCAUUUUGUCCCGGGACAGAGGGAGUUUAUCCCAGAAUGGAGGGGGUCCUUGCUCUGGGACAGAGGCGUUUCCAAGGACUGAGUGUCCUCCUGGGCUGUAGCCAAUCUGUGUGUUCAGCCCAGGGGUGCUGGUGAUGAUGGUGGUGGUCCUGUAGCCCCCUCUGGACGUCCCUUGGCCAAUGAUGGAUGGUCCUUGAAAUCUCCACAGCCGGGCAGGAGCUGGGUUUGGCUCUACCCUGGGGUCCCUCUCCCCUCCCCGUGCCCUUCGCAGGGGCCGUGCCUGGCUCCUGGGUGCUGCGGGCACCCGGCGCGAGCCUGCCCAGGGUGGAGUUAUGCUAAUGCUGCUUCCCAGCCCUCGGCGCAGCCGGUGCCACUCGGCAUCUUCUGCUGGCCACGGGCGACACCGGCUGUGCCAUGGCCACCUGCCCCGAGCUGCAGCCUGGACAAGAGGCCAUGGGACACCGGGGGGUCCUGGCUGCCCCGGAAGACCACAAGGAGCGGCGGGGUGCCCAGGGGGAAGGUGCCCACCCCUGUCCCCCGGACUGCCAGGAGCUGGCUGCCGUCCCCACGCCGCAAGUCAUAAAGCGUUUCCUGAAGGAGGACUCGGACGAGGCUGAGCUGACCCAGUUCCUGCGGGAUUGCCCACCAGCUGACAGCUCCAGGAAGGUGGAGGUCCCGGAGAGCCGGCGGGAGCCUGGCCUCCCCUUGGGCAGCUUGGCCAGAAUCCCCCCAGACGAAGCCAGUGACGAGAGGGACGCCAGGAUCUUCUCCCGCUCUCGGCCCUUGGAUUCCCAACAGCACAUCGCUGCUCCCCCACCCCCCAGCCCCAACCGCCCGCGGAGCCCCUGGGGGCAGCUGGACCCCUACGACUCCUCCGAGGAUGACAAGGAGUACGUGGGCUUUGCCACACUGCCCAACCAGGUGCAUCGCAAGUCGGUGAAGAAGGGCUUCGACUUCACCCUCAUGGUGGCAGGGGAAUCUGGACUGGGCAAAUCCACCCUGGUCAACAGCCUCUUCCUGACGGACAUGUACAGGGACCGCAAGUUGCUCAACGCUGAAGAGCGCAUCACGCAGACGGUGGAGAUCACCAAGCACGUUGUGGACAUCGAGGAGAAGGGGGUCAAGCUGCGCCUGACCAUCGUGGACACGCCGGGCUUUGGGGACGCCGUCAACAACACCGAGUGCUGGAAGCCGGUGGCCGACUACAUCGACCAGCAGUUUGAGCAGUAUUUCCGUGACGAAAGUGGCCUCAACCGGAAAAACAUCCAGGACAACCGAGUGCACUGCUGCAUCUACUUCAUCUCGCCCUUCGGCCAUGGGCUCCGGCCCCUGGACGUGGAAUUCAUGAAAGCUCUGCACCAGCGCGUGAACAUCGUGCCUGUGCUGGCCAAGGCUGACACUCUGACCCCUGCUGAGGUGGAACGCAUGAAGAACAAGAUCCGGGAGGAGAUUGACCACUAUGGUAUCCGUAUCUACCAAUUCCCUGAGUGCGACUCGGACGAGGAUGAGGAGUUCAAGCUGCAGGACCAGGCACUGAAGGAGAGCAUCCCCUUCGCUGUCAUCGGCAGCAACACGGUGGUGGAGGCCAAGGGCCGGCGCGUCCGCGGGCGCCUCUACCCCUGGGGCAUCGUGGAAGUGGAGAACCCGUCCCACUGCGACUUCGUGAAGCUGCGGACGAUGCUGGUGAGGACGCACAUGCAGGACCUGAAGGACGUGACGCGGGAGACGCACUACGAGAACUACCGCACGCAGUGCAUCCAGAGCAUGACCCGCAUGGUGGUCAAGGAGCGGAACCGCAACAAGCUGACCCGGGAGAGUGGGACAGACUUCCCCAUCCCUGUGAUCCCCCCGGUGCCGGACGUGGAGACGGAGAAGCUCAUCCGGGAGAAGGAUGAGGAGCUGCGGCGGAUGCAGGAGAUGCUCCAGAAGAUCCAGAAGCAGAUGAAGGACUCGCACUAGCCCAUCCCUCCUCGUCCUCCUCCUCGUCCUCCUCCUCCUCGUCCUCCUCCUGGCCCCGGAUCAGAAAUGUUUACAUCACGCUCCACGUGCCCGGCCCUCUGCCAGACUCGGUACCAACACCCACCCACCACCUUAAGCUGCGGCACCGCCUUAUCCAACCGCCCAGCGCCUGCAGGGACACGAGGGGACAGCGAGGGGACAGCGAGGGGACAGCGAGGGACAGGGCACCCAACCCGGGGUCCCCUGCCCUGCUCCCCCCUGCUCACUGGGGACAGCUUGGUCCCACAAGCUUUGGUUUCUCAUUUCUCCCAGCUUUGGGGAGGGCCCUGGCCAGCCUUGUCCCCACAGCGUGUCCCUUGUCCCCAUGUCACCCCGGGCUCCCUGCUUACAAUCUUUAUGCUCAGCUUGGCCCUGGCUUAAGGGAAGAGGAAAGAGGAACACUGGUGCCAGCUCCCCAAAGGCCGCAGCUGCCCUGCUGUGGGGGACAGGGCUGUUCCCCUUAGCUGGCAUGGAGGAACAGGAGUUCCUGGGGACUGCAGGGGACAGAGGGGAUGGAGGGACAGUCACCAUCCUGCUCCAUGCCAGCAUCAUGCUGCACUUGUCAGUGUCCAGCCCUGUGCCCUCACCUUGUCCCCACUGAGUGACAGCAAGGCUGUGGCAUGAGGAGCACUGGGGAAUCGAUGACUCCAGGGAAAAUCCCUUGAACCCCAAAUCGGAGGCUGGGCACCCCCAGCCCGCUGUGACGUUUGCCUUGUAAAGCAAUAAUGAGUGUCCUGUGCCCGUGGCACCUCUCACCCCAUGGCAACAACACCACUCUGGCUGGAAUUUUGGCCCCUGCUGCCACUUGCUUGUCUGUGGUGUCUCUGUGUGCCCAGGAUGUCCCUGUCCCUGCUGCUUCUUGGCACAGCAGCCCUGUGUAUUCUCCAAGGAUAUCUCCAUCCAUGUUGCUUCCCAGCAAAGCACUGCUGCAUGUCCCCAUGUCCCCCAUGGUGUCCCCAUGUUCCCCACCAUGUCCUGGUUAGUGAUGCUACCCUACAGAGCACUGCAGCUUGUCCCCCCAGACUGUCCCCAUCUGCAUUGCUUUUCCACAGAGCUAUGUUGCAUCCCUGUGUCACCCCAGGAUGUCCCCAGCCAUGUCUCCACCCUGCAGGGCCCUGUGUAGUGUCCCUGUGUUCCCAAGGAUGUCCCCAGCUGUGUUGCUCCCUGCACAGCCCCACUGUAUCCCCAGGGUGAGCCUUGGCCACCUCUCACAGCGUCCAUGGGGAGAUGGAUCCCAACCCCCUCCUGGGUAUGGGGGAGCCCACAGGGUAUGGUGAGGAUGCAGGCAGGACUGGGAGCAGUGGGAUCACUGGGAACAAUGGGAGCAGUGGAUUGUCAUGAUCCACCCCACCUGAGUGGGGGUCAUGAUGGUUCAUUUGAUCCCAGGGUGCAAAAGACAAACGGGAAGGAGACUAAAGUUUUAUUCAGCAGGAGGCAACAAUGCCGUUUACUGAGUGCCAACAACUUAGCUUAUAAUAGAGGAGAGAAAAGGGAAAUGAAGUAAAAGGGGAGAGGGAGAGAGUGAGAAAGGAUGGGGGGAAUAGCUACCAACAGAUGGGACGUCGUCCUUGAGUUGUCCAUCGAUAGACGCGUCUUCCAUCCGGGGGGAGAAAGAGAUUUCAGAAAGUCACUUUUUAUAGUCCUUCUCCAAGGCGAGUGGCCUCUGGCCAAAAGGUGGGGAGAUUUAUGGACUAUUGUGUGUGGGGAUUGUUGCCCCAAGAAACAGGUGCAGGACAGAACACUACAGCCAGUACCCUGCUCGAGAGCAGCGUGCCAUGGAAGCAGCACUGGCAAGCACACUGUUCACAGUCCCUUGGCAAGCAUCCACCUUGGCCAGGCUGGCAACUCCUGUCCAGAGCGAAUGGUGGGGUCCUGGGGUCUCAGGGUCUCAGGGUCUGAUGAUGGUUGUGAGGCAGAUCAGGGAAACAUUGGACUGACCCUUCCAUAGGAGCAGUGGGGUCAGUGGGAGCAGUGGGAUCACUGGGAGCUGUCUGGCCUGGGGAUGUGUCCUGUCCCCAUCAGGGCCCCCCGAGUCAGGGUCCCCCAGGUGGGGUGUGGCUGGCGGGGGCUGUGCCCAGCCAGGGUUUGGGGUGGGGGCUGCAGGGUGCCAGGGCAGCACCCGGCUGUGCCCCCCAUGUCCCUGUGCCAGCAGGGGCUCCCAUGGCUCCUGUGGGCAGGGCCCCCCCAGGCAGGGCCCUGCAGGGAAUACUUAGCGCUUUCCUUUUUUUAAUCUUGCUAUUUUCUUACGGAAGUUCCUCCCCUGGCAUGACGGUCCUAGAGGCAUUUAUUAACAGAUCAGAGAGUAUAGGUUUAUAAAUUCUUAUAGAGUAGUGGAAAUAUUUUUAUCCCUCCACAACUGUUCUCAAUAAAUACAGCUGACCCA